AUGGUCAAACAUACGAAAUCAAAAAAUGAUUUUGAUGCUGAGUUGUUACUCCCUGAAACUUCAAAACUAGGAGAUCCAUGGGUGCCUGUGUAUCAAACAGCAGUUGAUUUUGAAGCUCAUCACUUCGAAGUUGCGAUGUCAAACUUGAUAAAACAACCUAACAUAAACUCAACCGUGAUCAUGAGGGCAGAUAUAUUGAAAGAAAAUGUAUUUGAUGUUGAGAAUGGAGACUCUACGUUUGUCAGUAAAUUAAUUAAUAAAAUACCAGAAUUUCCAUCAGAAAAUCCAGAAGACGUUAUUCUACACAGAUACCUCGAUGACGUCAACUUAAGAACAAUUUCAUUGAAUAAUAGCGAAUUAAGACUAAAUACAAAAUGUGAAGUAGUUAGAAGAAUUAUACCCAGAAAUCCAUUCAAAGAUCACAUAAUAAAUCAAACAUGCUUGGUUUUAUCUAGCACAAAUGCCAAUCCCGAGAGUCAGGAAAAAGCAUCGGAUGAUUCUGUUCUAGUAGUAUACAUUCCACAUAUAAAUUCAAGUGACGAAAUACCUUUUUAUUUACCUCCUGUUUAUGGGGUGGGGAUACUAUAUCAUAAUUCUACCUUAUCUAUUCAAUACUUACCAUUUGAUUAUCAGAAUUAUAAGUCUUCACCUGAGAUACAACUAUCUAUAAGAAAUUUAGAUGUGACUGAAAGGCCUAUAAGAAUUGCCCUAAGAUUAUUACAAACAUCUAGUAAGCAUUCUCUCGGGGCAAAGACUGGUUAUGAGAAGAGAGUAAAUCAUGAUUUAGUUGUUCCAAAGAUAGCAUUCCAAAAUAGAUAUAUAACUUUGAAGAAAAAAUAUUCUUCUAAUUUAGUAAAUCUGUGGUGUGAAAGUACUGAUCCAAAAAAACAUGUGUUUGAGGACCUUGCCAUUGCUGCAUUUUUAAUUGAGCUUUGGACGGUAAAAUAUAAGUCAAAGGAAGAUUUUGAAUUUAGAGACUUAGGUUGUGGCAAUGGAUUAUUGGUUUAUAUCUUGAACAUGGAAGGUUACAAGGGUAAAGGAAUAGACGCUCGCUCAAGAAAGUCUUGGAACACUUAUCCUGAAAACGUUCAAAAUAACCUAUCCGAACAAAUUAUCAUUCCGAGUGUAUUAUUGAAGCCACACCCUGCAUUAUCGAGGUUAAUUCCAAAUGUUACCGACAACUUUAGGUAUUUCCAAGCCCCUCAGUUGCCACCAAAGAGCAGUUGCAAAUGCAAAGAGGAAAAUGUUUCUACCGAAGACAAAUCAAGUGCUAAAUCAGAUUCCCCAUUAAUGACAUACUCGUCUUCCAGUUUAUUAGAAUCGUCCCAAGUCUGUACGACAGAAGAAUUUCCUGAAAACACAUUUAUAAUCGGAAAUCAUUCAGAUGAAUUAACAUGCUGGAUACCUCUAUUAGGCUACCCAUUUAUGGUAAUUCCAUGUUGUUCGCAUGCAUUGUCUGGUGCAAAAGUCAGAUAUUCGCCACGGAAACAACAGAAAUCAAACCAACUGCAAAAUGUAUCUACCUACGGAGCACUUGUAGACCACACUGAAGACUUGGCAAAGCAAAUGGGUUGGAUAGUCGAAAAAGAAAUGCUUAGAAUUCCAAGUACAAGAAAUGCUGCGAUUAUUGCAACAAAGAAACAGCCUCAUUGUAUUGACGAAAACGAUGAGAUCGCUCAAACUAGAGUCCUUGAUAUUUUGGCAUUAGAAGGUGGCGCAGAAGGAUGGGUCGAAAACUCUAUAAACCUAAUGAAGAAGGCACCUAGAAAUCAUUAA